AUGGGGAGUAUGCAUAGUGGUGGUAAGGGUAUAUCCUCCUCCGCUUUGCCAUACAAGCGAACUUCUCCUAGCUGGAUCAAGAUCUCUUCACAAGAUGUUGAUGAAAAUAUUUGCAAGUUUGCUAAGAAGUGUUUGACUCCUUCUCACAUCGGUGUUAUUCUCCGUGAUUCUCACGGUAUUUCUCAGGUCAAGAGUGUUACCGAAAACAAAAUCCUCCGCAUUCUCAAGAAGGCAGUUUUGAUCCGCAAGUAUAUCGAGAGGAGUAGGAAGGACAAGGACUUUAAUUUCAGGCUCAUUCUUGUUGAGAGCAGAAUCCAUAGGCUUGCUCGCUAUUACAAGAAAACUAAGAAACUUCCCCAGCAAACUGAGCCAUAA